AUUUACAAAGGUAAGAUGAAAUAAUUGAUUUACUAUAUUAUCAAAUAAACAAUUAAUUUUGUAAGUAUUAUCAUAAUUUUGAUUAUUAUGAUUUUUACAGCGUUGAAGAUGUUUCAUCUCUAGCCGAAGCUACAUUGCUUAUUGACAUUUCAUUAGAUGGAAAUCCGGUAGCUUUGGGCGGCGAUUGUACACCAUUUCUUGUGUCUUAUCUACCAAACUUACAAACGUUAACAAAUAUGCAUGUUACAGAGCAAGUUAGAAGUGCAGCUAUGGCUUGGCGCAGUAAUAAAGAGGCAGCUCAUGCUGCUUACUGCGCACUGGGAGGUACAGCGCCACAGGCAGCUCGACGUGACCAAAUUAUACACAACGCACGAACGAACUGGGAGUUACUCAGAUCAGAAAAUAAAUGUUUUGUUGCAACUAUGAAUGCUGCUAAAACGGAGGAUUUCGACAAAGAGUUUACCUUAGAUGUGACUGCGUCCCCUGUAUUAUUAAAUGGUGGGACACAAACAAUGGACUUAGCAGUUCUUCCAGAUGUCGUCGUCUCCAUACAACAAGCUGACACAGAAGAUUCUGAUUACAAGAACAGUAAUAGUGAUACGAAUCUUAAAACGAAUAACGAAAGCAUUCCUAAAUCUCCAAAUAGAAAGCUACAAAGAAGUUUUACAGCAAAGAGAACAUCUGAAAGACGUGUGAACUUUUCAGAAAGAAGCGCGUCACAAGAUACUGAUGCGUCAACAUCAACAAGCAGUGAUUUAAAACUACCGCCCAUUUUACUACCCAUAAUAUCGUCGUUAGAAAACGUGAAAUUAUCAGAAAGUAGCGAACCUAUAUUAAAGAGAUGGGAAAGUUUAUCUAGCGUAGAACCAAUAGUGGAUUCAUCAUUUAGCUCUCUACCUUCCUCGACUAGCGAUAGUGAAGAAGAAACCAAAUGCCGACAAGUAAGGCGCGUACCUACCGUGUUGAGAAGACGAGAAAAUUUUAGUACGAUGCGAUCUAAAUCUGUCUGUGAUCCAGAAAGUCGUAGGGUGAAAACUAAUGCAAAGAAUUCUGAUAACAGUGAAAACACGAGUAACAUAUCGAGUAGCACAAAUGUUGGGUCUAUCGCAACAUCGUCGACUUCAGGAAGUGAUCAAAACAGUAAAACAUUAAGAAGAGAAAGUUCUUUAAAUAGCAGAAACAGUAAUAGAAAUAUAAGAAGCGCCACUAUUACACGAAGAAGUGAAAGGGCUUCUUCUGCUAAUAGAGCUUCUACCGCUCGUACGAAGCCUGGAAAAAGUUUAGCAAGCCUAAAAUCAUCUGAACCGGUUCCGAAACCAAUACCUGUAUCCAAAGACAGAGAACAAGGUGUAGAUUAUUUAGUUGAAUUAAGUGAUGGUACUGUAAGUGCCUGGGGAGCUGGUGCAGUCCGCCGACUCACACGAGAUUGGGAUUGGGAGAAAGCACGUACAGUUUCUAAAGCUGCUUUUCAUUAUGUUCACUUCAACGCAGUGGCGCAAUCUCUUCCAGAACUAAAAUCAAAAUUCCCAAAUGUUACACAUAUAUCGGUACGAGCGACAGGACUUCAAUGGCUUGGUCAGUUGCACGCCUUAGCAGAGUUGAGAGGAUUAACAGGUUUAUCAAUACUGUCUGAAGGUAAUCCCAUAUAUUCUAAAACAUGGCGCGAGUACGCAGUUUACCGACUUGCUCAUUGGGGAUUAAAGGAGAUAAAUGAAGAAUCGGUAAUAACAUGUUAACAUAGAUAAGAAAGCUUUACCAAUACUUGGCCAUUUGUAUGGAAGAGCUUUUUUUUGCAGAUUACUGAAGAAGAAAUAAAAGCCGCCAACCAAACAUUUAACGGUCUCAGUGAUAUAGUAUUGCGAGCGCUUCCUGAUGCACCAUUGCAGCCGUUAUUGUCUCGUCUAGGACGAAGUGGCAAUAGCACUGUCAGUGCUAAAGCUUGGCUGAGAGCUGCAGACCCAGCAUUACGCGACGUUAUAGCUAAAGAAGCAUUACAAUAUAAAAAAGGACAUGUGUCGCAAGAGGACAUGAGUUGGCGAGUACGCGGUCGUGGGCAAUUGUCACAUUCGAUACAGCUAGCGUGUGGUGCAGCGCAACGUUUACGUGUGCUGGAACUACAAUGGCCAUCAAUAUUAGUGGAAAUGAUAGAAGAAAUAUUGAGAGAUUUUUCUAACAUGGAAACUCAUGUUAAAGAACAAAUGCAUAUGCUCAUAGACACUUUAUAGUGUGAUUCACAAUAACGUAUUUCUUCUAGAUGAUGUCAUGAUUUACGUCAUUCAGAAACAAUUACCAAUUAUAAACUUCCUUGUUUGGGAUCAAUUCGUUUAUUUUGGGCUUGUUUAGUAAUAUAACAGUAUCAGACUAUAAGUAAACGUGCAAAAAAAAAAACAACAUUACAUAAAUAAAUAAAACUUCAGAAAACAUCAAAACUAGAAAAAAAUAAUCUUAGCCAAAAGAUAAUAAUAUGUUCAAGAAACUUUUUAAGUCGGUAGGUAGUUAAUAUUAAUAAUAAAUAAAUAAAAUCUUGCGAAUCUUAUACUCUCGUGUCGGACACUGUUGCUCCGGAACU